UACCACAUACCUUCAAAACAGCAGUCUAGUUAUCAGAAUUCACCUUAAAUUUUCACGAAUUCUCUCGGUUUUCAUCCAAGCUUUAACCAACAGACAUUUCCUAGAGUGAACAGAACCUCCAGUCAUAUAAACCAAAUACCUAAAAACCAAGACACAGCCGAGAGAAAAAGAACAUUAAAAAGAGAUAAUCAGCUUCGUGCGCAAUAGUGUUGUUUGGCAGCGCCUGCAGAGGGCAGUAGUGGUCCCGCGAGUUGGGAGUCUAGUGCCAGUGGUCGAGGCAGACACAGGAAACUCGCACCUUCUGGAGGCAGCGCUCGAGGAGACAGACGCCAUGAACCGUGGGCACUCAGAAAUCACAUACGACGAACUGUCAACCAAACUCAAGGACGUCACAGUGAUCGACGUCCGGAACCGCAUCGAAAUGGAGCAGAACGGACAGAUUCCCGGAUCGCACUGCAUUCCCGUAACGGAAAUCAAAUACGCUUGCACGAUGGACGAAAACGCCUUCAAAAACCGUUACGGAUUUGAAAAGCCCGGACCCGAUGACCCUCUGGUUGUCUGCUGCAAGACCGGCGUCCGCUCGAAGACUGCUUGCGACCUGCUGCAGGCCAACGGCUUCAAGAGGCACAGAAUUUAUCGCGGAUCCUUUAGCGAAUGGGAGGAAAAGGGAGGAGAGGUAAUAAAACCUGGUCAGCCCAUUUUCUAUGACAGCGAUAAUGACGACGAUUCUUCAUAACAAGUUGCCGACAUGUUACGGCUGAAGCGAGGAAGGUGGAGGGAAAGGGAGGGAGGGAGAAGAGAGUAAGAGAGCGAGGGAAGAGGGUAGAGAAGGACGGAUUGGGGGGAGGGCUAAAGAAAAGAGAGGUGAAAAGGGAAGAGGAAUGAGAAGGAAUAAGAAAAGGGGUGGGAGAAAUUCAGGAAAAUCGGGAAUGGGAAGAGAGGAAAACAAAGAAAUGAAUAAAUGGUAGAACAGAGGUCAAGAAAAAGACCACAGGCCAAGGAGAACAGAGGUCAAGAAGGAGGAGAUAAUUAAGAUUGUAAGAAAGGAAAAGAUAAAGGAGAGAGGAAUGAAGUUAAUCAUCUUAAUCCAUCGAUCAACUUUAGGAAAAUCACAAUCAUUGGCUCAUAACCAUUGGAUUGCCAGUUCGAUGCUCAGAUCCUUAAAUUUAAUGCUGAUUUCCAAAAUGGUGAUUUUAGGUCUUACGUUAAUGUUUCCUGAUAUUUUAAGGUUAUAGACAGGAACUUAUGGUUAGUCUCAUAAUCCUGUUAUUUCAGAUGUAAUUUAUUAUAUAUAUAUUUUUCUAUAAAUGGAAUAUAGAUAGCUAUGUUACAUAUACCACCAGUACCUCUAUUCUCGUUAUUAAUCUGCAGUCCUAUAUCUUGUAAGUUUUUUUCUUUUUUUCUUUACAUAUAGGUUAAAGCUUUUGUCGAUAUAUAUAUUAUUUCCACUAUGAAUGAUUGCUAAAGACAAUCAACACUUUGAAAUAUAUGCGUGUUUGUUU